AUGCCUGGGAGGACUCUGCCUACAUUCACCUCAGCAGAGGUCGAGUCGCACAACAGCGCUAAGUCCUGCUAUGUGACGAUAGGCUCGAAGGUGUACGAUAUUACUUCGUUUGUUGAGGACCACCCGGGAGGCGGAGACCUGAUUCUAGAGUAUGCUGGGAGAGACGUGACCGAGAUCCUACGCGAUCCAGUCUCCCAUAAUCACUCAGAUUCAGCCUACGAGAUCCUAGAGGAGAAUCUCGUCGGAUUCGUUGGGCCUGGAUCGUGCAGCAAAGCAGCAAACGGAGUACCACAGCCGGUGUACGCUGGUACGGGAAUGUCGACGGAAGAGGAUCUGUCCAUCGACACAGACUACAACAAGGAUUAUCAGACACACAAGUUCUUGGAUCUCAACAAACCUCUUCUUAUGCAACUAUGGAACAGCGGCUUCAGUAAGGACUUUUACCUGGAGCAGAUUCAUCGUCCUCGUCAUUAUAAGGGAGGCGAGUCUGCUCCGCUUUUCGGCAACUUCCUGGAGCCGUUGAGCAAGACCGCCUGGUAUGUCGUCCCGAUCAUUUGGCUGCCUCCUGUCGCCUACGGCACGGUCCUCGGGUUUUCUGGGCUGGCAAACCCCCUCGGUGCCACUGGUUAUUGGAUCUUUGGCUUCUUCCUAUGGAGCUUGAUCGAAUAUGUCAUGCAUAGGUUUUUGUUCCAUAUUGACAAAUACCUUCCCGAUAACCGAGUUGGAAUCACUCUGCAUUUUCUCCUCCACGGCAUUCACCACUAUCUGCCAAUGGACAAGUACCGACUGGUAAUGCCACCAACCCUAUUUGUUGUUCUAGCCACACCGUUUUGGAAACUUGCGCACUCGGUCUUUUACUAUAACUGGUAUGCCGCUGUGCUUGUGUACUGUGGCGGCGUUUUUGGGUAUAUUUGCUAUGACUUGACACAUUAUUUUCUUCACCACCGCAACCUGCCUUCAUACUACAAGCAGCUCAAGAAGUACCACCUUCAGCAUCACUUUGCCGACUACGACAACGGUUUCGGUGUCACUAGCCGCUUCUGGGAUUGGGUCUUUGGCACUGAGAUUGACCUUCCACCUCCCAAGGUUCUGAAGACUCAGUGA